AUGGACACCGUUCUGCGGAAGGUGCAGGAAAAAAUCCAGCAAAACUUCUGGCGCUCCGGUGGAGGCUCGAAGUUUUUCGGCACGGCUAAGCGAGGCGAGGGGGUGGAGUUGCACAACGAUCUUAACAGCAACGAUAGGGAGAAGCAGAAGAAUGCGGUGAAACGAAUCAUAGCGGGCAUGACGUUGGGCCGCGACGUGAGCUAUCUCUUUAUGGACGUCGUGAAGCUCGGCCAAACACCGAACCUUGAAUUGAAAAAACUGGUCUACCUCUAUGUUCUCAAUACAGCCAAGCUACAGCCUGACAAAGCUCUCAUGGCAGUUAACACGUUCCUACAGGACACAACGAACAGCUCUCCCAUCGUCCGCGCCCUUGCGGUGCGCACAAUGAUGUGCAUUCGUGUCGAGUCGGUGACGGAGUACACACUGGAGCCACUUCGCCGCGCCGUCGCGGAUCCCGACCCAUACGUGCGCAAAACCGUCGCUAUUGGAAUCGGAAAACUGUUCCACCAAAACUCGCAGAUAUUUUUCGAUCAAGGGUUCGCCUCGGAGUUGAUGAAGCUGCUGAAUGACACAUAUGCCAUCGUGGCCGCCAAUGCGGCGGCAGUUUUAUCUGAGGUGAACGACUAUGGAUCAGUCCCUAUCCUGCCAGAGGCUGAUUUCGUCAAUCGAAUGCUGCGACACCUCUCAGACUGCACAGAGUGGGGGCAGUUGUCCAUACUGGAGCUCAUUGCCGAUACACCGCCCACGAGCACAACAGUAGCGGAGGACGUUAUCGUACGUGUGUUGCCACGGCUCAGCCAUAGCAAUGCAUCCGUCGUGAUGGGAGCCAUCAAACUGAUAACCAACUACGCAUGUCGCUGCAGCGCCGAUGUAGCGAGUCAGUGCAGCGCACGGGUGAACUCUGCCUUGGUGACGCUUGCUAAAGGAGACCCCGAAUCGCAGUAUGUUGUUUGCAAGAAUAUUCAUGCUGUGCUUGUGGUAUUUCCAAAUAUACUCCGCAACAAUCUCGACUCCUUUUAUGUACGCUUCACAGAUCCGCCGUAUGUGAAACUCGAAAAACUGCAUCUUUUAUUAAAGCUCGUCACCCCAUCUACCGCACAGCAAAUUGUCAAAGAGUUGGAGGAGUAUAGUUCUGAGGUGGAUCUGCUUUUUGCCCAAGAAGUGGUAAGAGGCAUUGCCACACUCGCGUUGAAGAUAGAAUCGGUUGCCCCGAGCUGCGUGGGUCUUCUCUUGCGUAUUGUCGGCACACGUCCCGAGCUGCUUCCACAGGUUAUCACGAGCUGCAAAAACAUUGUCCGCAAGUAUCCAGAGCAGCUCGUAUUGGAGACACUCAUUGUCGACCACGGCGCUGACACUGUCCCAGAGGAAGAAGCGAAGGUGUCGCUCAUCUGGAUGUUGGGUGAGUUCUGUGACUUUGUUGAGAAUGGAAGACAAAUCAUUACGCAGUUUAUUGAUGAACUAACGUCGCAUGAGCAGUCAGUUCAGCUAGCAAUCCUCAGUGCCGUUAUUAAGAUGUUUUUGCGCGACCCUGCCGGGAUGGAGCAGACACUCAAUGUUGUGCUGGAUACCUUAACAACAAACAGCGACGACCCUGACCUACGUGACCGCGCCUACGCCUACUGGCGUCUGCUCUCCAAAGGUGUCGGGGUGGCCAAGAUGAAGCAGAUUGUACACGGUCAUCAAGUCCCCGUCGCAGCGGAGUCGACGUUUAGCGACGCUAUGAAGUUGGCAGACCUCAAGAAGUCCGUCAACACAGCUGCGGUGGUAUUUGGGAAGCCGUUCCACUCCUUCCUCCCACCGUACGGCCUUGUAAACGAGGACGCGAAUGAGGAAGAAGACGAGGAUGCGGAGGAAAAUAGCUUAGCGUCUCAGGUGGUGGCCACCACCUCCCACGUCCCGGCUCCCACACCAGAGCAACCCGCCACCGCAACUUCAAUGUCAACCACUGUUGCACCGGCUGCUGCCAAGUAUGUGGAUCCGCUAGACAACUUGUUUGGUGAUACGCCCAUCGCUCCAGCCGAACCAAACGAAUAUCAACAGCAACAAGGCUCUUCUUUUGGUGAGACGAGCCUAUUUGGUGAACAAAAGAAGCAGCCAGCAACAUUGCAAGAACCACAACAGCACCAGCUUCCGCCGUUAGUCCUCCCUGCGGGGAACAUUGGGGUCGCCGUCCACAGCCAACUCGUGGAGGGGCCAGCACUGUGGAUCGCAUUGGUGAAUCAGCAGACGGUGCCAAUUAGUCAGCUUCUGCUGCAGGUGAAUUUGAACAUACUGGGCUACCUUCCGGCAGCGAGUCUCGGCGACUUUAUGCCUUCAGUACCUGCGGGUGAAACAAGGUCUGCACGGCUGCCGCUCAAGACGUCCGAACGGCACUUCGAUGUUACGCGUCAAACAAUUGAGGUUGGUAUCAAAGGGCAAAAUUUGCCACUGUUAAUUUUCCGUCUGGAUGUGCCAGCGGACCAACUUUUGGCGGUGUCUACUCCUAUAGAAGGAUCAGCCUUUGCGGCCAAGUGGCAGGCAUUCGACCAGUCGGCAGAGGCCAAACAGCUACUUGCCGAGACUGGUGUAAAUAUGCUCAGCUCGUUGGAUCGUCGCAGUGUUCUUGAGCGGCAUCGCUUCUUUCUCUUGCCACGAGAGCGUGAGUCUAGCGAACUCGUCUCGUACAACGGCAUUGUGACGACGACACUCGGGUUGCAUGGCAUGGUCGAGAUCCUUCUUGACAAGAAUUCCCCCGCGCAGAGUUACCUUUGUGUGAAAAGUCACCACGUCAGUUCCAUCAUGCCUCUUCUACUAAAGGUGCUCCAGGGCGCUUUUCCCAUGAGGAAAGUAUCUACUGGUGGUACAACCACGACCUCAGGGAAUAAUGAUUCCGUGCUGGAUAACUGGUUCGCCUGA